AUGACUGGAAAAACAACACAGUGGCUUUGGUGGUCUACUCUGAUAUUUCUUCUUCUUAGGGCUACAAAACAAUUUGGUGUAAGACGAAUGGUAAACAGUGAUAAGAAUGAUAAUAUGAAUGAUAAAAGCAUAUGGUAUUCGGAGAAUAUUAGUGUAACACGUCUUAAACCACAACCUAAAACACCCAGCGAAUUGAAGAUACCAGAAUGUGAAGAUUCAAUCAAUGAUUGUGCAUAUGGUGGUAAAUGCGUUACUGAUUCAAAUGGUUACAAAUCUUGUCUUUGUCCAGCAAGUUGUCCGGCAUCAAUUCCGGUGUCAUGCCGUGCUGGCAGGCAGGAUGAUUAUUGCAUGUCGAUGAGUGAUGAUUACAGAGAUAGGUAUCUACUACCGGAACCUGCUUGUCAUAUGGGGAUUUGUGUUUGUCCUCCAAUGUUUGAUCCGUGGAGAUUAGAAGGAGCUAUUGAAUUACUUCCCUUCAAAUGUGAUCGAAGAGAAUUAAUGGUACAGGGACGGGCGCUUCCAUCCGAUUCUGUUUAUCAAGGCACAGAUGCCAGUUUAUUUUGUUGUAUCAAUAUGGAUCCGAGAUCAUUUAUUGAUGAUGAUGGAGUGGAUUUUAUACAAAAUUCAUCAAUCAUACGUGAACCAACCAAUACACCAUACGAUGAAGUUUUCACCGAUGGCAUUGAACCACCACGUUGCUGGUCACUGGAAAUUAAGAAUGCACAAUAUAGUGAUAGCGGAACAUAUCUUUGUCACGUGAAAACAAACGGUAAACACGAAAUCAACACCAAUCAUACGAUCAAUUUUUUCGUUAAAGAUCAAGGUAGUCUUCCCACUGGAGAUUAUUCAUCCACCAAACUGAAAUUUCUCGAUCUGCUUGCUGAACGACGAAAAGCCAAGAAAAUUGAGGAGAAAACACCACGAAUCAUCCAAAAUGUGACAGUGAGAACAAAUGCAACUCAUGCGGAAAUUCGAUGGGAUGCGCAAGAUGAUGGACCAAUGUUAAAGAUUGAUUUCAAAUUAAUGCGACGAACAGAUGGAGUAGAGGUAUGGUCAGAUAUAAAUGCAAAAUCUGGUGUGGUCAUUGGAGAAUUGUUACCAGCAACGCCGUAUACAUUAUUCAUAUCAGUGUUUGAUGGUCAAAAUGAACCAUUCAAAAUAACCGAACAUUUUACAACAUCUGAAAGCGCUCCAGAACCACCAACACUGGGUGAAAUACGUAUUCUCAAUCUUCAGGGUGGUUUGUACUGUGAAGUUGAAUGGAUGCCACCGAAAACACCAAAUGGACGUAUCACUAAAUAUUACGUAACAGUACGAGGUCAAAUACGACAUGUUUCGCCCGGUGGAAUUUUAUCAAAUGAUGAUUUUCCAGCAGAAGAGAAAAAUCAGUGUGCUAAUUACAAUAAUAAUGAUAGUAGCUAUACGAGUGCUGAUGCUAUUGCAGAUUUUUAUUCAUGUCGUUUUGGACCAUUAAAACCGAAUCGAAAUUAUACUGCAUUCGUAUGGGCUGAGAAUGGAGCUGGUCGAAGUGAAAAUGCAACAUUUUCUGAGCAAUGUAUAACAGAUUUUGCGCAACCUGAUGCCGUCGAUGCUCCAGCUUCAAUGUCGCAAAAUGGGACAGUAUUUGGUUUGACAUUUAAUAGCGAACCGGAUGAAGUUAACGGCCCUGUAGCAUGUUACUACGUUGCAAUUGUUCCGCUUGCACCAGAUGUUGUUAUUGAGAGUUUGCCGGCACCUGAUUCACUUAUUGUUGACACAUUCCUGAAAGCAAUGGGCAAUAAUUUACAGAGUGAACAGCUAAAACAAGAAACGAAACAAAAACGUUACUUUGCAUAUAUCGCAGAAAGUUAUAUGCAGUAUCCGAAAAGAACACUUAUUGGUGAUGGUAAUACUACAGCUGGUGUAGAACCCUGCAAUGUUUUAUAUUUGAGUCGUCAUCGACCGGAGGAUCCAGCAUUGAAGCCUGGUCUAAAAUAUACGGGUUUCUUAAUUGCACGUGUUGAUCGUGAUUAUGCUUCACGUAGUGAUUCAUUUCGACAUAAUGAUCUUUUUUUCAUAAAAAGAAAACGGAGGCGAUUGCAUCAGAACAUAGAAAAAAGAUUUUUGGAUCGAAGUCGUUGGUUUAGUUAUCGUGAGAAUUCGGAACUUCCACGUCAUUUUCGACCAUCACGGCAGUUAAUUGUUAGUGGUCCAGCAUAUGGCUUUAGCGGAUAUUUUAAACCUGUAAUCUUGGAAGCUUUUGAUGAGCAAUGGGCCCAAUCAUGGAUGACAGUACUGUUCAGCGUGCUUUCUUUGGUUUUAUUCAUCAUGCUAGUCUCUUCAUUUGUUACCUAUAUUUUGCACAGACGUGGGAUGAUAAAGCAAUUAUGUCCGAUGAGUAAGGAUCGUAUACUUCUAAAGCCUCAUUUUCAUGCAACACUCGUUGAUGAUCUACCCGAAGAAUAUACUAUUCGACGUCGUGAUAGCAAUUACUUAUGCAUCUCUGAAUUUGAUGCUUUGCCAAAUUAUCGUUCAAUGGAAUCGAGUGCUUCGGAACGUCUCGAGAAUGCCCAUAAAAAUCGUUACAAUGAUGUAAAGGCAUUCGAUGCUACACGUGUCAAAUUACCAAUUAUUGGAAAUGAUCCAUCAACUGAUUAUAUCAACGCUAAUUUUGUCAAGGGAUACAGAGGUCGCAAAAUGUUCAUUGCAUCGCAAGGUCCGCUAGAUGCUAGUACGGAUGAUUUUUGGCGUAUGAUUUGGGAGCAUAAAGUACGAGUUAUAGUCAUGGUUGCUAAUCUCUACGAAAGAAAUCGAUGUCAAUGUGCGAAAUACUGGCCAGAUGAUGGGCCAAAAGCAUAUGAUAAAUUAGAAGUUCGUCCAGUUGAUUCGAUUUACUAUUCUGAUUAUGCUAUACGCAAUUUUGAAGUACGUCGUAUUCAACCAACGGUAGCAAAUGGUUCUCUCUCUGGUAGUCCUGCGAUCAUUUCAUAUGAAAUUCCAAGUAUAACUGGUGAUACAGUUGCCGAUCCUUCUGCAGUUAUUGUGAAUAUGAAGUCUCGUUCAUCAUCAACGCAUGGUUCAGUUGAUUCUAUUCUUAAUGAAGUAUCUUCGAAUUCAAAAAGAAAUUCACGAUGUAGCUAUAGUAAUACACAAUUGAAUGAUAUUCAUGCAGAAACGGAAUUUGUUACUAAAACUCCAGAAGUUCGUCAUGUUGUACAAUAUCACUAUACCUCAUGGAAUGAUUUACAAGCACCUGAAUGUACCACUGGUUUGCUACGCUUUUUAUCAAAAUUGCGUAAAUUGGAUAAUUAUAUCCAUGGUCCUGUUGUUGUUCAUUGCAGUGCUGGUGUUGGUCGUACAGGUACUUUUAUUGCAAUUGAUAGUUUAUUAGAUCAAUGUAUAGAGGAAGGUAAAGCAGAUGUGUUUGGUUUUGUGUCAGAAAUGAGAAAGCAACGAAAUACUAUGGUUCAGAAUGCUGAGCAGUAUCUUUUUAUUUACAAAGCAUUAGCUGAAUGGUAUAUGUUUGGAGAAACUGAUAUUGAAGUGAGUCAAUUUCGUGAACAUUAUCGUAAAUUAAAUGAGCCACAGCUUCGUGAACAUCAAUCGUCAACUAAUCGAUCAGCAUUUACUGCUGUUUUAAAACGACCAACUCAAAAGUUGCACCAGGUUAACAAUGAUACCUGUAUUACCGAGAAAGUACCAACUGCAAUGCAAGCUGAAUAUAAGCGACUGGAGCGUACACUUGAACCACGGCGAACAUGUAAUUUUGCGCACAAACCAGAGAAUUUAAGAAAAAAUCGUGUUGAGAAUGCUGUUCCAUUCGAUCAUUGCCGUAUCGUUUUGCCAGUUAUUAUUGGAAGUGUUAACGAUUCAACUUAUAUUAAUGCUUCUUUAGUUAAGGGUUAUUUUUAUCCAUAUAUCCUAGCUCAGGAUCCAUUAGAUGAGCAAACAUGUUAUGAUUUUUGGUGUAUGAUUGGUGAGCAAAAUUCACGAGCUGUUGUGAUGUUGUCAUCUGAAUCUGAAUUUAUGCCAGCUGAAAAAUAUUGGCCGAGUGAAGUAGGAUGUAUAAAAACUUUCGGACGCGAUGGUGAAGUAUCAAUCAAACUAAUUGGAGAAGAAUUGUUCUCAACAUUUGCACUUAGAAAGUUUACAUACAAAUUUACAAAAGAAAAAACAUAUCGCGAAAUAAUACAGUAUGCUUACUUAUGUUGGCCAGCAGACAAAGUACUGCCCGAAUCAACUGAAUCAAUAAUUGAUUUAAUAAGUCGAGUGCUUUCCUUACAAAGUGAUCAUCAAGAAGCAGGUCCAAUUAUACUGCAUUCAAGAGAUGGAUCAUUAAAAACGGGUCUUUACUGUUGUGUGUCAUUAUUGCUUGAAAGACUUAAAGCAGAAAAUCGUAUCGAUGUAUUUCAAACUGUUCGAAGUUUGCAGCAAAAGCGACCACUUAUGUUCACAAACUUUGAACAAUAUGCUUUCUGUUAUAAAGCUGUCAUCGAUUAUCUGGAUACAUUUAACAAUAAAAGUACGAUUGACUGA